GUGUGCAGUUUUAGUGGAAUCGGGCAGAGAUAAGGUCAGCCUGCUGGAUGGGGGAGAAGGGGGCAGGUUAAGUGUUUUCCGCUGAUGUGUGCAUCAGUGAACGCAGAUGAAGCGUAUAUAUAUUCAGAGAGGUGAUGGUCAGAGUGGAGGCACAAGGUUCUUGGUACCAGCAUAACACACAACGCACAGCAUCUCAACACAAAGGUCUCCGCACAAAGCAUCAUGGAAGCUGCCAUCUGCACCCUUGUUAACCAGUUCAAGACAUACGCUGGGAAAGAUGGAUCCUCCAGCACCCUGAGCAAAGACGAAUUCCAGAACCUGGUGACCUCUGAGCUGCCCAACUAUGUCAAGAACACCAGCGAUCCUGUGGCUAUCGAGCAGCUCAUGAGUUCGCUGGAUGAAAACAACGACGGGGAGCUGACUUUCUGCGAGUUCUGGCAGCUGAUUGGAAAACUGGCGAGCAAACAGGGAGGCUUCACUCAGUAAAUCCUGCCACUGUCUUGUCAAUUGUGGCUUUGAACAAAUUGUGCAACACCAAUCAGCUCAGUUCGAGCUGUCCAACUGUAAACUCAAAGGCCUGCAAGUUCUUUUAUCACUCCACCUAUGCCACAUGUGUAACUCUUUGAAUUAAAGACUUCAUUGUCUUAAACCCUCAGCCGCCAACACUCUGUUUCCUGUCAUUCAUUCACCACAUUAUAUGAUGUCCAUGCACCCACAUUUGAGCAGGAGUGUAUUACAGCCUUGAUUUAGGGGCCUGUAAUCCUAUAUGCGUUACUGCUGCCACAAAUACACCAUCCAGACCAUAUCUUGUUCCAUAGAGCUUCAUAAUGCCUGUACAAAGCUGCCUGUACAAAGCUGCCUGUACAAGCAUUAAGCAUAAAGCAUAGCCUCUUCACUGUCUGUCAAUGAUGACUUAGUGGACUCUGUAAUGGGGAUAUGUGGACCAAAUACGUCCCAUUAUGUUUGGGACAUUUCAAGCUUUGUAGUUUAAUUGCAUUGUCCUUGUUUAGCUGUUAGUUAUUGGUGUUAUACUGUCAUGUUGUGUUUAUUCUGAUGUCUAGACAGAGUUAUGUGUGCUGGCUUGCUCCCCAGCUGUUUUAUAGCCUAUAGGCCUGUUUUAAUCGUGCAAAAGAGAGGCGAUGCUGCUAACUGAUGUUAAAAAGGCAGAUCUUUCAACAGAUAAGAAAAUGUGACCUUUGUAUCCAAAUUACACAUGCCGAGGUGCCAGUGUGGGAGGAGGGGUGACGGGCAAAUGAGUCAGCAGCAAUAAAGUGAGAGAUUAAAAGAGCAGUGGCACUGGUAUGUGUAGGCUGUGUGUAUAUUGUCUGGGUAGGGAAGUCUCCUAAAUGGGCAGUCAACAGCUUUCCCACAUAAUCUGGGUGUAGAGGCUUGUAUCUCAUGUAUCCAUAGAAAGAAGCACAAGUAGUGAGAUUUAAUCUGUGGAGGGAAUUUAAAAAUAAUAAUUGAAGGCCCUUUCAA